AUGCCUCAUUCUUGUAAUUUAAUAUCGAGUGAUGAAGUUACAGAGAAGAUAGAAGAUGUUAAAAAGAAAUCCAAAUUGGCGAAAUGGUGGUUGGAAUAUAUAUUGAUAUCGGAGGACCAUCCUCGCAUCAAUUUAUAUUUUAAAAGUAAAAAGGCAAUUCACAUGGAGAAAUUACGACAUAUCAGAUCGGGAUAUACGUACGUUAUUCAUCCAAUUAGUAAAUUUCGAUUCAUAUACAAAAUUUAUAUGAUAUUGUAUUAUACGCUUGUGUUAUAUGUAAAUUCGCUAGAUGUCGGCGUUACCUACAAAGAAAUUAAACCCAUACACUUGAUGAUAUCUAGGAUGGCCGACACAUUAUCUAUAAUCGAUAUCAUAAUGACGUUUUUUACCGGUUAUGUAAUAUUUAAAACAAAAACCGUCGAAUUGAGACCGUUGAAAAUUGCUAAAAAAUACAUUUUCGGACCGUUUUUCAUUUUUGACGUAAUGGGUUGUUCUAAAAUGAUCAUCUAUCCGAUAUUCUAUCCAUCCAUCCAACCUUGGGUAUUAACAGUUCUCAAUAUAUUGUUUAUGUGUCGAUCAAUCAGGAUAUGGUCGCUCCUAAAGUUAGUUUAUAGAUUUUUUUUAAUUCUUCACGUCAAAUCGAAGACUACUAUAUAUACUGUAUGUUCUAUUAUAAUGUUUUUUUUCACGAUACAUUUUUCGACUUGCGGUUUAGUCGGUAUAAACGUAAUUAGAAAAUACCAUUUCCAAUCACCACCUUCACAUAAUAAUUCUAAAGAUUUUAAUUUGUACGAAGUUUAUUUCGAUUACAUAUUUAGAAGUUCCGCUUAUAUAUUUGGAAUUACCGUUCCGAAUGAAUAUUUAAAUAAAAUGACUAGGAUUGAGGAUUAUUUGAUAACGAUUUUCAUUUAUAUCCUAGGAAAAAUUUUGAUAAUUUCAACUUGGCUUAUAAUCGCUUUGAGUAUUCUAUCUACCAAAUCGACACAUAUUAAAUUUCAAAAUAUCUUGAAAGAAGUUGAGGAGUUUAUGAUUAGAAAAAAACUACCGCCCAAUUUGAGAACAAGUAUCAUCAACUAUUACAACUUCAAAUAUCAAGGUAGUUUCUUAAAAGAGGACUUGAUACAAUUCAUAUUACCGGAUAAUUUACGGAAAGACAUAAAUCUAGGAAUAUGUAAAUAUUUGAUCAAUAACGUUUCGAUUUUUGAGCACUUAAAGUACGAAGAAGUUAUCGAAAUAGUUGAAGUGCUAAUUCCAGAAAUAUUUCUACCAAACGAUUGUAUUAUUCAAUCCGGUACUAUUGGAGAAAGUAUGUAUUUCAUAGCUAGUGGAACUGUUGCUGUUUAUACGCAUUCUGGAGAAGAAAUAUGUCACUUACAAGAUGGCGAUUAUUUCGGAGAAAUUUCCCUCCUUAUGAAAAAUCAAGACCGACCCGCUGAUAUAUAUGCCAUUGAAACUUCGCAUAUAUAUAAAUUGAAUAAAACCGAUUUCCACAAGAUUUUUUCCAAACAUAAAAAGGUUUUUAAGAAGAUAAUGCGAAUCGCUGAAAAUCGAUUGAAGCAUAUCUUGCGCGUGGAGAAACUAUACAAAAAAACCCUCUUCGAAAAGGACCACGUCGAAUCGUUGGCAAGAUUUUGAAUUUUUCUUAUUACAUUUAAUAGUUCGAAUUGUUAUUUUUACUUUUGCUAAAUAAAAAUUGUUCCUCAAAUAUAA